GCGAGCGCCUGGGAACCCGGAGGCCUGGAUCCCGGCCGAGAGUGGAACGGAGUCGGCGCCGCCGCCUCAGCCAUGCCUCCUGCGCCCGCCCGCCCGGCCGCCGCGCCGCGCCCUCGCCCCGCGCUCCCGGCUCACUCGCUCCCGCGGCGCCCGCUGCGGCUUCGCCUCCUCCUCCUUCGCCUCCUCCUCUUCCCUCGGCUUCUUCUCUUCCUCCUCCUCCUCCUUCUCCUCUUCCUUCUCCUCCUCCUCCUCUUCUUCCUCCUCCUCUUUCCCCACCUCCUCCCCUGUCAGCCACCGCCUCCUCCUCCUCCACCAGCAACACUCCCUCCGGGCACCCUGGUCCCUGCAGAGUCCCCGGCCGGCUCAGCCUCCGCUGCGUCCCCCCUGGAUCCCGAGCCUGCUGAGCCCGAGCUGGUAGGACGGACCGACGGACAGGCAAGCGCGCGGCUGGCUCGCUCGCAGCGUUCCGGAUGCUGCCGUUGCGCCCCGCGGCCCCGCGUCGGGGAAGUUGGGAAUCGCCCGGGGAGCACCGCGAGGUGGCCGCAGUCUACUGUCCUGGCUGCACGGGGAGGCAACCGCACACACAGGACUCCGAGGCCUCCAGAUGAAGAGUGGACCGCAGUGCCAGCCGUGGGGAUGUGCGUCUCCCCCAAAUCGACUUUGGCACAUCUGGCCUGUCUCCAUCCAGGUCCAAGGGGAAGAGCUGGAGGUUGGAGUAACCCCUUGGUCAAAUGCUUCCAUAUCCAAAAGGAUAACCAAGAACCCAGACAGAAGAUGCCUCAAGGCGUCUUUGCCCUUGAGAUGAUGGGCCAAGGACCUUGCCCCUAGCCAGCGCCUUGGCAGGGCUCCAUCCCACACCCCUCUGAACCUCACUUGUUCACUCUCCACUAGAGCCAUGUCACCUCAUUCCAUGAAAAAGCUUUAUUUUUCUCAUGGUUAUAAAAUUAUGUGUAUGUGGUUUUAUAUCAGACCCAAUUGUAAAAGAACAAGGUAACAAUUAUUUAAAUCCCCACUAGCCAGGGGCCACCACGGUCAAACACUGGGGGAUGUUAACUUUGGACACCUUAGAAAACAGAUUAUGUCUACAUAUUUUGCUUAUUGUUGCUCUAGCCAAUGAAGGGAAGAAGCAUGCUGUUGUGAUUCUGUUUCCAUGAAGUUUGGAACUGGAUGUAGAAUUCAGAACAGUGGUUGCCUCUGGGAGAGGGUUGACCGGAAAGAGGAACUGGGGAACUCUGUGUGGAGCUAAAAAUGCUCUAUUUCCCGAUUUGGGUGCUGGUAACACAAAUGUAUACAAUUGCCGAAACUCAUCGAACU